AUGCAAAGACGAACACGGCAGGGAAAAGCCGCCGCAGCGCAACGUACCAGUAGUAAAAAGGCAACGACAACGCAGCCGACGCGUAAAGCUGCUAAGCCUGUUGUGCACACUCGUGGUCCGGACACUCAAGAGAUUCUCAUGGGUAUAGAUCUGGGAAGCUCCGGUAUCCGGGCAACCAUUUCGCCACCAGAUGAGUCUGAAGAAAUCAUGAUGAUCUACAACGGAGAGGAUGCGGCCGACGGAUACGCCUUCUCAGCCCAUGGCUAUGUUUUUGACCAUUUCGACGACAUUGACUCGGCGCAAAUUCACAAGCAAAGUCUCGACGACGAUGGCCGUCUGAGUGUGUCCCUCAAAUAUGCAUUCUACAUCCUCUCAGAUGCACCAAAGACUCUCAAAAAGGAGUAUCCUCUUCUGCGAAGAAUGAUUGAGGAAGAUGACCGCAAUAGAGAGGACUUCAGAAGAAAGUUACGCCUAGGACUUGUACAGAUGUUCAGAUGGCUCAUUGGCAAAGUCGAGGAGACCAUCAAGACUAAGCGGGCGCCCUGGAGAGUCGGAAAACUCCGCGUUACGGUCCCAUCACAAUGGGACUUGAGGUUCGAGGGGCAAUACCGUUCCAUCCUCGCGGAAUCAUUUGGUUGGGAUGCCGAGACAGCACAUGAUCGUAUACGGUUUUCCUUUGAGGCCGAAGCCCUUGCUCAUUUUCUGGUUCGCAGCAAACAUUAUGAGAACGAAGCAAUUGCCCAGCUCAAGCCAGGCGAGCAUCGUGUUAUGCUGGUCUUCGAUUUUGGCGGCCACAACAUGAACGGCUGCCAAUACUGGAUCAACUCAAAACGGGGCGAGACAUUGAACUUUUUCCGCAUGGGCAAGCCCUUUGGAGUCGGUAGCGGGACCGAACAUAUGGUUGAUUACAUUCUGUCGGCCUGCGAGAAGUACCGAAUUGACAAUCAUGAGGUUCCCUUGAGCGAUAAUGCCAAAGCCCAGCUUCUUGUCAAGAUCCGAAGCCGCAGGGCCCACUAUGGCCCUGGUUCACCAACUGCCCGCGACGAGGAGACAUUCGAAUUUUUUGACUCGGGUUCAAAUGGUAUUGGUGGCGGCGCCAUUCGUCUGACGAAGGAUAUCAUCGACCAAUGCUGGGAAAAGGCCUUCCAGCCCGCGAUUGAAGAGGUCGAAAAGAGGCUCAAGGCGCUUGCCAAGAGCCACAAGCGCCGGGGCAGGCCAAAUCCCCUUGUGGUCAUGGCUGGAGGCAGCCUCAUGAACAAGGCUUUUGGGCUGAGGCUGGACAGUUUGGUCCAGUUGUACCGCCUGGAUCCGGCUUUGCUGGUAAACAAGCGGACGGGCGCUGCAAUUGGCCUGCAGAUGAGGCAGGCAGGACAAGAGGAGGGGCGGGGCGACUGGGACAAUAAAGCCUACCUGCUCUAUUUCUACAACGUCGAAGCAAAGCAGGAAGUCUUCCCGACUUGCGUGAUCCCCAUGCAAGCCGGUGACCGUCUGCGAUUGGUCUGCGACCCAUUUUAUGGGCAAGACGAAGUCAAGAAACGCGGACCCUUGAGGGGAAUUGACCAUAAAAGGAGCUAUGACCUUAUCGAGAGGUUACCUCUCAACCCUCGCAACCGUCAGUACGAGUGCAGGGUGGGAUUUCAUGAUGGAGGCGACAAAAUGGCGAUGACGCUCAGCAUCGUCGAUGAAUUUCCUGACUCGGUGUGGGAAAUCCCUCUAUAUUUCGACAACGGCACAAGGUGCAUUCUCCCAGGGAAAAGAGGCGUCCCGCUCAGAGAUGCCGUUCCGGAUCUCUUCCUCGGCCUAGCGACUGAAGAAGACGACGAGAUGGAGGGUUCUGAGGAUGAUGUUGAGAUGGAGGAUGUGGCCUGA